GAAAAUAGGUGUACAUAGUGCUCUCGAUACAAUGCACAGUAUGUCCUGCCAGUGAGGUGGAACUUUUAUUCUCGAUAAGAUUCGAGCGCCUGACAGCGCGGCGGGGCGGCCCCAAUGCCGGUCAGGAAGGGCCUCCUCGCCCCACAAAACACUUUCUUAGAUACUAUCGCUACUCGUUUCGAUGGAACCCACAGCAACUUUGUGCUGGGAAAUGCGCAGGUUCCGGCGCUCUACCCGAUCGUUUAUUGCUCGGACGGUUUCUGCGAGCUGACGGGAUUCGCGCGAGCGCAAAUCAUGCAAAAAGGUUGCGCUUGCAAGUUCCUCUAUGGCACGGAAACGAAGGAAGAGAAAAGAGCGAUGAUUGACAAGAGCCUCGAGAGCAAGACGGAACUGAAGAUGGAAGUUGUGUUUUAUAAGAAGGACGGAAAUAAGUUCGAUUGCUUGCUCGAUAUUGUUCCGAUCAAAAACGAAAAGGGCGACGUCGUUCUGUUUCUGGCAUCGCACAAGGAUAUCACCGAUACGAAGAAUCUUCAGCUGUGUGAGUUGCACGAUAGUGACGCAAACGGUGGUCUCGAUCCGGAGGCACCGCCGGCUAAUUACGGCAGGAGGAGAAGUCGCGCCGUACUUUAUCAAUUAUCAGGCCAUUACAAGCAGGACAAUAAGCACAAAAUAAAAUUGAACAAUAAUCUCCUGCAUUCCACUGCAGCACCUUUACCAGAGUAUAAAACGACGGGAAUCAAAAAGUCGCAGUUCGUCCUGAGCCAUUACGGCGGCUUCAAGUCUUGCUGGGAUUGGUUAAUACUCCUUGCCACGUUUUACGUGGCAAUCGUCGUCCCUUUUAACGCGAGCUUCAUUAACAUCGAUAGGCCAACGAUGGUCAGCGACGUAGUCGUCGAGGCGCUCUUUAUAAUCGAUAUCGUUCUGAACUUUCGAACGACGUACGUUAGCAGGAAAGGAGAAGUGGUGAGCAACAGCAAGAGCAUCGCUGUGAACUAUGUAAAAAGCUGGUUUUUCGUCGAUCUCGUCGCAGCUUUACCCUUCGACUUUCUUUACGCAUCGGACGUUUACAGCGGCGAGGAAUCGGGACACGGUAACAUUCAUUUAGUAAAAUUAACAAGAUUACUAAGGCUCGCGCGGUUACUUCAAAAGAUGGAUAGAUAUUCGCAGUACAGUGCCGUUAUUUUGACGAUGUUAAUGCUAUUUUUUAUCCUGGUGGCACAUUGGUUGGCUUGCAUUUGGUUCGUUAUCGCAGAGAAAGAAAGAUUAAGAAACGAUAAUGAUUGGGAUCUCGGUUGGAUUCACACGUUGGCAGAAAGACUAAAGAUUUCCGUAGAGAACGUAACGCACGCGGAAAGCUACAUCACAGCGUUGUAUUUCACUUGCAGUAGCUUAACGUCCGUAGGAUUUGGAAACGUGUCCGCCAAUACAUUCUCCGAAAAGUUCUUCUCUAUUUGUACGAUGCUGAUUGGUGCUCUGAUGCAUGCCGUGGUGUUCGGUAACGUGACGGCGAUUAUACAAAGAAUUUACUCCAGAAGGUCGUUGUACCAAACCAAAUUACGGGAUCUCAAGGACUUUUUCGUGUUGCAUCAGAUCCCCGACGAGCUGAAACAACGGAUGCAAGACUACUUCCAGACUAUGUGGUCCUUGAACCACGGUAUCGAUAUACACGAGACCCUGAAACAAUUUCCCGAGGAACUCAGGGGGGACGUUUCGAUGCACCUGCAUCGCGAAAUAUUAAGUUUGCCGAUAUUCGACGCUGCCUCCCAGGGUUGUCUCAAGCUGCUUUCUCUACGCAUUAGAAAUAAUUUUUGUGCUCCAGGCGAAUUUCUCAUUCACAAGGGGGACGCGCUCUCGUACAUCUACUACUUAUGCAACGGCUCGAUGGAGGUCGUGCAGAAUAACAUGGUCGUUGCGAUUUUAGGCAAAGGCGAUUUAGUAGGCUGUGACAUAAACGUUCACCUGCAGCACAGUAGUAACGGGGGUGGAACAAGUGGCACAGGUGUCGACGUCAUAGUCAAAUCGAGUUGCGACGUUAAAGCGUUAACCUACUGUGAUCUCAAGUGCAUAAAUAUGCAAGGACUUGUCGACGUGCUUCGAUUGUACCCCGAGUACCAGCACGAAUUUGCACACGACAUACAACACGAUCUCACUUACAAUUUACGCGAGGGAUACGAGGCCGAGCAAGAGUCCGAUAUGAACGGACCAUCGUUGACGCUACCCUCGAUCAGCGAAGACGACGAAAAUGUGCCCGACGAGGGGGAAACUUCACCUUUGUCACCAGCGAACAAGUCGCCUUUACACACAUCUUCGAGCCCAAGGCACGCAAAGUUCAGGGAAGAGUAUCGAGACGCGAGGAGACCUGGAAGAGGAGUUCUGGUGAGAGGAAGGGCUGCUCAAGUAAUCGCUCAAGAAUCGAUGGAGGAACACAUUCGGGGGUCUGUCGAAAGGCUCGAUACGCAAUUUUCUACGUUACAUCAAGACGUCGCCACCCUCAGUUACGAGGUGAGAAACGCGAUUCAAGCUCUGCAAGUACUAGCCUGUUCGCCUCAAAGCAAUCCGAAUUUACCGACUCCCGCGAGCCGUGGAAGCGGUGUUUUGGCGAGAAGCUCGUCUCACCCUCCGGAUGCCAUCUGCUGGGAUCCUCCGACGAGAAUGUUAGACGCGUCUACGCAGACCGACUGGCCCGCCGACUUGUUCGAAUCCUGGGUUAAAGGAAAUCCUCAGAGAGUCCUCAGGAUUCUCGAACUCGAUCCAGACGCCCUCUCGAGACAACCACCCUCCCCGACACCGUCUCCGUCUUCUCCUCCACCGCCGCCGUACGAGCCCCUGUCGCCUCUUGUUGGGACACCGCCGCACUCGCCCCCCCUCUCGCAAGGAAACAAUAAUUUCGUCUACGGAGAACGGCACAUUCCUCGUUUAUACAAACCGACCAACUCUAGCUGGGAUCCCGAGAACAAAUUGCCCCACCGAUUUAGCGCCGGUGACGCCGAUAACGCGUCUUUGUAUCAACCAUUUACCGCUCUGCGCCGACUUCCAGAAUCGCGCUCCUUGAAAUUCGAUCCCUUCGAUAGCUGAACCUUUCCGCAAACAUAUCACGGUGAC